CGCUACUGAGCUUCACAUCUGCACGGGACUUGCUGAACGGCCGGACGUUAUGGGAGAAGUCGUCAAUGUUCUUGUUGCGGUUGCAGUGAUUGUCUUGGUCGUGCGCUGGGCGACAUCUGGCAUCAAGGACAGUAACGGAGCACCAUCGCCUUCCGCCGUUCUGGGCUUCCGGCCCAAGAAUGUCACGCCCGAAAUGGUAGAGACAGUACAAAGUAUGUUCCCGGAUAUCCCGAGCGACAAUAUUCGUUAUGACCUACUGAGAACGGGAAACAUCCAACAAACGUCCAACAAGAUUCUAGAACGUGGCUUCUUGCCUGCGCCUCCACCAGCAUAUUAUACCGUCUAUCCUCGAAAUGUUGGACCAACCGCUCCUGCCCAGCCAGCUGCUGCAUCCGCGGCAAUUAGCAACGCUACGGCCGGCUCGUCAAAACCCAAGAGGUCCGAGAACCUGCUCACACGAUACCAACUCGAGGCGCAUACCUCCGCAACGUCGGUCGGGACGGAGCCGGAGUCGGCGGGCGGCAAGGCUGUGUGGGAGGACACUGCGGAGAAGCGCGAAGCAAGCCUGCGGGAGCGCAAGGCGCGCAUGAUCCUCGCUGCGAGAGAGCGACUGCUUGCUCAGCAGGCGAAGGAGGCCGGCGGCGCGAGUUCUUGAGGGUGGGGGCGUGACGGUGUUCGAAUGGAGGACUGAAAAUAUGUUAAUCCUCCCCUUGUACCCUUGGAUCAGUAUCCCUAAUUUCUCGUCAUUGCUCCCUGUCCAAUA